CAAUGGUGAUCAUAUAUAAUUCUCCCUCUAGAAUUGCAAGUUUUAAUUCACUUUGCCAGUGACCGGAAAAUUUUUUAAGCUUCAAAUGUCGGCUAAGAGCAAAGUUCUGAUCAUCGGCGGGACAGGCCAGAUUGGGAAAUACAUAGUAGAUGCAAGUGCCAAGGCAGGGCAUCCCACCAUAGCUAUGGUUAGAGAGAGUGCAGCUUCAGACCCAGUUAAGGCACAACUCAUUGAGAGCUUCAAGAACUCUGGGAUCACCAUUGUCUAUGGAGAUAUUUAUGAUCAUAAGACUUUGGUUCAGACAAUUAAGCAAGUUGAUGUUGUGAUCUCUGCUAUGGGCCCAAGAAAUCUCUUAGAUCAGAUGAACAUCAUCUCUGCUAUCAAAGAAGCUGGGAAUGUCAAGAGAUUCUUACCUUCAGAAUUUGGAGGUGAAGUCAAUAAUGUCCAUUCAAUUGAACCAGCAGCUAGCCAUUUUGGGAACAAAGCUAAGAUCCGUAAAGCUAUUGAAACUGAAGGGAUUCCAUAUACUCUUGUCUUCUGCAACUGCUUUGCUAGUUAUUACCUGCAUAGUUUUGCACAGUUAGGUGCAACAACUCCUCCAAGAGACAAAGUAGUGAUCUAUGGAGAUGGAAAUGCUAAGGCAAUUUUUGUUGAGGAAGGGGACAUAGGAACAUACACCAUUAAAGCUAUAGAUGACCCAAGAACAUUGAACAAGAAGCUCUACAUGAGACCUCCUGCUAACAUCUGCUCUUUAAAUGAGAUCGUGUCAUCGUGGGAGAAGAGGAUUGGCAAGUCUCUUGAAAAGAACUAUCUUCCUGAAGAGGAACAACUCAAGAAAAUCCAAGAGUCUCCAUAUCCAUCAAAUAUUCUUUUGUCCCUCUUCCAUGCAAUUCUAGUGAAGGGAAUGCAAACAAAUUUUGAGAUUGAUCCAUCAAAUGGUGUGGAGGCUUCUGAGCUUUACCCAGAAGUGAAAUACAUAACUGUUGAUGAAUUCCUUGAUCGGCUUGUUUAAAGAGUUUUGUACACAUCUGUAAAACAAACCAAGAAAGCUUUGGUCUCUUUUAGACUUGGGUUUUGAUCAAGAAGACUAAUGUUUGCCUCAACUUCAACGGAAAAAUAAAGAGAACAUAUUAUAAA